AUGAGUGAGGUCUCAGAACCACAGCCUCCAUCCAGACGUCGAGUUGCUCUGACUGUACUCUUCCAUUCCACCUGUGCGAUCUUGAGCACAAUUCUCUCCAAGUCAGCGUUAAAUGGCAUUGAUGCCCCUGUGACGUUACUAGCCUUUCAAACAACGGUACAAGUUGUACUACUCACAACUAUCGGCUACUUUACAAAGUGGAUUACGCUGUCAAGGCCUGUUUCGGCAUGGGUUGCACUGCUUCCACUUACUGCUGCUCGACUGGUCGGCAUCCUCGCCAAGACGUACUGCUUGGCUUCGGUUAACGCUUCCGUCUACCAGAUCGCUCGCGGUCUCCUUCUGCCUUUUACACUAUUUUUAUCGCUUCUCGUACUUCGACCACGUCCAUACUACCCGCCAUUAUCACUUUGCGGCUGCACUUUGGUGAUGGCUGGCUUUGGCGCUGGAAUGGCAUCUGACUAUAGCCAGAUGCUAACCAGCGGAAAGGGUGUAUUGCUUGGAGUUAUUUCGAGUUUCACUACAGCUGUUGAGUCUGUAGUUGUCAAGCGCUUUCUUGGAAAAAGCAGCGAAGGAAUGUGGCAGAUGGUCUGGAUGUCAAAUGUCAUGGCUAUUGCGUUUUAUCUUCCGUUGCUCUUUCUAUCCGGAGAAAUGGGAACCACGGUAGCACUUCUGAGCUCAACAGAGGCGUCUGAUGCAUCUGCUAGUGCCCACCAGUUCCUAGGCACCGCGGUGUUGACGGGCGUUGCCGGAUUUCUACUUACAAUUGCCACCUUCAUGCAGAUUGAGGUUACCAGCCCGACUACGCACAUGAUUGUGACAGCUGCGCGAGGAGUAGCCCAGAGCUCCAUCGCUGUUGUAACUCUCGGAGAGCCGUUGACCGCUAACCGUGCUGGUAGCAUGGCUCUGAUCUUGAGUGGAAGUGCCCUAUAUGGCUGGGCUAAGGAUCGUUAUGCACAGGGCAAAAAAGACCAGGCAACUUAUCUGCCAGUUUCUCAGGACGCUCAGCUGGAGACGUUGAACAAAGAGAGUCGGUAG